AUGGAGCUAGAUCUGGAAGCGGUGUCACGAGCAUUGGAGAGGCUUGUGGCGCCGUCUACUACCCACGAUGGUCCAUUCCUGACUGCGGGUCAACGCGCUGCGAGAACGGCUGCAACGAGAGGUAAGGAGCGGCAUGCUACAAGCACCAGCAUCAGGGGUGGUGUGAAGCAGGAGGAGUCCCAGGGAAUAGUUUCCCCUCCAAAGAGGGUUACGGAAAUGAGUGGAGGUACACGGGAAAUUCUGGUGGAUCCAAGUACAACAAAACGGCCUUUUCAGUCCAGGCCCCAACGGAAGUCUUCACCACUCCUUGUUCCAUCGCCCUUCCAACUGCCAUGCAGAGUAAUCGAGGCAAGCGGUCUCGGAGCUUCUGCGGUUAUGCUUGGUGGUUCUUUGGCGAACAAACACCAUGAGGAAAAGGUAUGGACAACUAACCUCUAUCAAACUCCAAAUCCGUACGUGGUACUGAAUUGCCAACCAAAGAAUUAUCUGAAAAAGGAAGUCGUCUCCCACGUUGCGCCGACUACGGAAUCUUUAGGUGUCCAUAUCGAGCGAAUAAGGGACAUCGUUAUUUCCAUUGCCUUUGACCGAAUUCUGGAAGAUUCAGAGGGACUGGAUGUACCAGUUGGACACCUUGUCAUAUCAUGCUCUAAUCACCCACGCACAGGGUAUGUCAGCGUUUUUCGUCUGAAGGAUCUAAAGGGACUAAUGAUACGUGCUGUUGUUCCUGGAACUUUAGUGGGCCCCUUUUUGAAGUUGACACUGUUCCCAAAGGACACUGUUCGUAUGAAAGUUGUAAGAGUGAGUGCAAUAGAGUUGGCUCAUGCAGACAGCUGGACAGAGCGUCGUAUCAUUGAAGAACCAUUGGCCCUGGCGCCUGAAGAAGAUGAGGCGGAUUUCUCUGAUCCUGUAAGGACAACACCUAAAAAAAGUAGAAAGAACGGCGAAGACCAGCAUUCCCUCAAGAAAGAUCAACCUGUACCGCCUCCAAAGAAGGAUAAUGAAAAGGAUAUAUACUCUUCGUGUAACACUUCUGUUCCUAUCUCCUCUGUGGGGAAAGUGCAAGAAGACACUGAGAGUGUUCUUGGUAUUCGUGAGCCACACAAUCCAUCUGAAGCUUCAGAGCAGGUGGCCGCUGCGGCUGUACAAACAGUUACUGAUGCUGGAGAUACAUUGAGUGGGAAUUUAAGGGCAAAACAAGCACACAGCUCAGGGAAAUUGACGGAGAAGAUUGAUACACAUACCAAGGAGCAAGAGGACAAAGGAAAACUGGACACUGCCAAAUAUGAAAGUGAGUAUUUGCCCAGGCCAUUAGAAUUAUCGAAGCUAAAUCCCGCUUCUCACAUUCCAAACUCUGUGCAUGGUUCGGCAAGAGGUCACCGUGACGAGGACGCUUCUAUUGCUGCAUCAAUCCACCCUCCUAACGGUAGUGCGCAAAAGACACCCUUUUUGGACGAUUCGGAUCAGAGGGGUGUGUCAAAGGCUCUGAUCGCAUGGGGAAUCAAGCGGCAGCUUCUUCAAGAUGAAAGUGUGAUGCGCUCCCUGAAGGAGGAUAGUGAUGGUGCGUGGGAUACGGGUUCAUAUACUCUGCUUGGUGAGGAUGGGACAAAAGAGAUAUGGAGUAGCAAUUCCUGCUGCCAAAGUGAAAAGGUACAGUGCUCUUUGGAAACUUUACAGGCGCGGGGAGCCUGGAAUGCCGUGAGUCACUGGAGUCGCUAUGAGGCGUUGCUCGAAGCCAUGACAAAUUCGACAGCUUUCUGUGUUACAAUUGCGAGCACAUCUGAUGAAGUGCUUGCCUCACUUCCCCAACCAUACGGGCUACAGGUGCUGGUGGUGCUCACUGGUGGAGCACAAAGUCAAUCAUCAUCAAGCGAUGACUGGUUUGACCUCAUGAUGAUGAUUGCCAGGGGACAGAGGCGACGCGGACGCGAUGCCGAACUAGUCUUUCGCAUGAUGGAUGGCUUCGGUUGCAUUUUGCAACCACGCCGCGAAGCAGAGAAGGGACGCCAGUGGCUUCUAGUCUCCGUACAAAGUGAUCCAGCUGCUGUGAACGAGUGGGUGGUAGAAGCCCUCCGUGUUCAUAAUAAGCUCGCUCAAAGAACGCAGCCCUCUCGUAAACCUGGGUCAGAGGAUUCCAGCUCACCCUCCAUCAAUAAUGAUGAACUGGAAUCUUCACAUCCACCGGUAUUACGUUCAGUCCUUGAUUUUGCGUGUCUUUUUGAGAGCCUGUUACCGGCGCUGCGUCCUUGGCUUGCUGAAGGUGCCAUGUGUUACUACGGGGAUGUGCAGCCGGCUCUGUGCCCCUUUAUCGAUGAGUGUGGGGUGAUUCAACCCACGUGCUGGUUCCACUGCUUGCUGCAGGGAGUAGUGCGGUCUGUGCUGUUGUCCCUACCAGGUGCCGAUGUAUGGAUGACAGCAAGAACAAUGAUGCCUGAACAGUCGAGUGUCAUGCCGCCCACAGUGCGUAGACGGCUGGCAUGCACAACGCUUCGCAGGCAUAUACCAUUUUGUGCGGUGUGGCAGCCGCGUGCCAAUGCGGUGAAGACAGUCUUGUGCAAUGCGCAUGUUCUUCACUACGCAAAUCUCCUCAAUGGUGUGAUGAUGGAUAGAAGUGAACUCGCAGUUGCCGAGACACUUGUUCCCCACUUACGGGGUAAGUUUGUGCUACUGGAAGAAGACGGCGCAUUGGUGGUGGGACCACCAUUAUUUAACACGAGCACUGUAGAAGGACCAACGGCUCCCACGGAAAGUUCAGAGACGACAAGUGUGCUGGCAUUUCAGGUCUUGAGUACGGCACUCCGACGUUCCUGGGCAACUGUGGGCCUCGUGCUGUCAACGAGGACGCUGUUUGACGAAGAUGCGUUUAUGGACACAGUGUUUCGCUGGUCAUAUGCCCUACCGCGUGCCAUUGUCCUCUUUUUCACAGAGUGUGAGAGUAGUGAGGCAUCGCUGCGUCUUUCUGCCGGGUUUGUGGAGGCGUUCGCAUCAGCCUAUGACUUGCGGAGCGCAUUGGCCGCAUGA